AUGGCUAAGUACGUAGACGAAGAAGCAGAAAGAAUUAUGGCUGAACUCGAAAAUGAAAAUUGGUACCACGGUGCACUUCCUUUAGAAGAUGUUGUCGGUUUAAUCCCGCAGCAAGGUGAUUUCCUAUUGAGAGCCCUUGAAGCCGAUGCAGGACGAGGACCAAUGCCGUGCUUGACGGUUCGCGUCGAUAAUCAUAUCAAAGACUUCCCUAUCCACACAGCGCAACAACAAAACAUCCCAUUCUUCACAAUAGAUGGCGUGAAUAAGGCACCCAGUGCCAUCGCUAUAGUACAGAAGCAUUACGCUGAGAGAAUUCCUAUAGCUGGACAGGCGAUGCUGGGGAGACCUAUCCCCAGGCAAGCAUGGGAGCUCUCUAGGGACAAGAUCACAAUGGUUUCAAAACUCGGCGAAGGAGCUUUUGGUGAAGUGUGGAAAGGAACUUUGAAGCAUUUCACAACAACACUACCAGUCGCUGUCAAAGUAGUAAGUCUCAAAGCAGCUAUGACUUAG